AGGGGCGGGCUGGGCGCAGGCGCAGGGCAGAAGCGACUGCUCGCAGGAGCCGUGGCUGGGCUCCGGAGGUCCCUCACUCUGUAGCCCUCGACAUGGCGCUGAGCCGGCGGCUGCCCCUCCGCCUCUGCCCCGGGCCGUCUCUGCUCGUCCUGCUGCUGUUUGUGCGGAGUUAUCUUAUUGGGGCUGUGAAUUUGAAAUCUAGCAACCAGAAUCCUGUAGUACGGGAAUUUGAAAGUGUGGAACUGUCUUGCAUCAUUACAGAUUCUCAAACAAAUGAUCCCAGGAUUGAGUGGAAAAAAAUUAAAGAUGAUCAAACAACCUAUGUAUUCUUUGACAAUAAAAUUCAGGGGCACUUAGCAGGUCGUGCAGAGCUCUUGGGAAAAACUUCUCUGAAGAUCCUAAAUGUGACACGGUCAGAUACGGCCUCUUACCGCUGUGAAGUUGUAGCUCGAAAUGAUCAGAAGGAAAUUGAUGAGAUUGUCAUUGAUCUUACAGUGCAAGUGAAACCAGUGAUUCCUGUCUGCAGAGUGCCAAAGGCUGUACCUGUUGGCAAGUCAGCAACCCUGCACUGCCAGGAGAAUGAGGGUUAUCCCCGACCCCAUUAUAGAUGGUACCGAAAUGAUAUACCUUUGCCAACUGACUCCAAAGCCAACCCCAGAUUCCGAAACUCUUCAUUUGUCUUGAACUCCGAAACUGGCACACUGGUUUUCAAUGCUGUACACAAGGAAGACACAGGCCAGUACUACUGUAUUGCUACCAAUGAAGCCGGCUUUGCCAAAUGUGAAGAACAGGAAAUGGAAGUCUAUGACCUGAACAUUGGUGGUAUCAUCGGAGGGGUUUUGGUUGUCCUGGCUGUCCUAGUCCUGAUAACUCUGGGCAUCUGUUGUGCAUACAGACGAGGUUAUUUCAUCAACAACAAACAGAAUGGAGAGAGCUACAAGAAUCCAGGGAAACCUGAUGGGGUUAACUAUAUUCGGACAGAUGAUGAGGGGGAUUUCAGACACAAGUCAUCUUUUGUGAUCUGAAAUCUGAUCGUCUGGCAGAGAACACAUGCAAAUACCUCCGUUAGAAACUCCGAUCAAGAGCAACCUAUGAGCAGUGUGCUUGGAAAGAGAUCCUUGUACAAAACUUGUUUUUCCCCUUGCCAAAGUUGACAAUGAAUUGUUCCCAUUGGGGGAUAGUAACAUGGAGAAGAUUGAAUUUGUUCAUUGGGCUGAUUACUAAGUAGGAAUAGCCUUAGUCGUCUGCCUUCCAGGAUAGGAUACCAUAAAAGUUUCUCCCAGUAUUUUUCCAUGCUGCAGCUCAGGAGGUAGAAGUUUGUUUAAAGGUUAGACAUUGUGAGUCUGUGGUACUGAUUUGCUUUCUCAGUAUUACCUGACUUGUGUAGACAGGAAUGGGGAGAAAGGAAACUAACCUUAGGAACCUAAGGACACACACAGAACCUUAGGAACACAAAUUAAGAUUUAACUCACCUUGUAGGUAUGGACUUCGAAAUUAUGAUGAAUCUAUAAAUCUGAGGCCUUUUAUGCGCUAACCUGUUUUUAACUGACCAGCCUUACAGGCAGUUUUGUGCAAUUUCUUUUCAAAACCUUUUAAAAAUCAAUGCAUAGUAUCAGUGUAGGAAAAUUGUUUUGGAUUCAACAUUUUAUAAAACAACCCAAAAAACCAAUGUUGGUUGUGGGUCUUACCUCUUAUCUGAAGACAGGCUUGCCCAUAGUGGGUUUCAGUAUUUAAGGAAACUUUUUGAAUUUAAAGUAAAACACUCCUCCUGUGUCAGGUUUGAAAUGGUACUGAAAUAGUUUGUGCUUUUCUAUGGAUCUUGUUUAUUUUGUAGGAGUCUGCAUUCUAAAUUUUUGCAAAAGAUGUAUUUUGAUUACUUCAGAGGAUGAACUUUUUUAUUUAAAUUGUAAAUAGGUUGUCAUGCAACAAUUUUAAAUAACAUUUUUAAAAAAAAACCAAACACAGGUUAGGCUCUUCAGAUCAUAACAGUGUUAACACUGAGUAUGCCAGCAUUUAAAAAAGCACCUGUACUCAGAGUCUUACAGGCUCACAGAAGAGCCUUCCUUCUUCUAGGUAGCAACAUUUCCCACAAGAAGGGUUGUGAGUCAUAUUUUGGACCAUUGCUCAGGUAUCAUUUUCCAAAAUUCCUUUUAGAAGCAAAGAUACUUCUGUAAUCUUUAUAACUCUGAAAAACAGAUACAUUAUACCCUCGAGUAGUAUUUGCACUGCCUUUUCCCUUCAGAUCACUAACAGGCGGACAUAUUUGAAGAUACCCAAAGGCUUUAAUUCACUUAACAAUUCCAGAAUUGUUACUUGGUUACUAGCUUCUUGAGUGUUAUUCAAAGUGGUUACUUAGGAAUUUAAAGCCUGGUGUGAAUUUGCAUCCUGAAUAACUUUGCUAUCAAGUCAUGUCUGAUGGCAGCUAAACUUGGAUAAGUAAGGAUUAAAAAUAGACAUUUUUAAAAAUUUUCAAGUGUUUUCCAUGCAGUCCGUUGGACUCUGUCUUUGAUUUUGACCACCUCAGCCUUCAGAUGUCAUCUUGUUGAGACCAUCAACUCUGGAAGGUCUGUUAAGCAAAGCAGGGGCUUUGUUUUUAAAACUAGUUUUAAUUAUUUGUUUCACAUGACUGUGCCCAUUGUCAAGUGUGAUUUUAGAAAUAUAAAACAUUUUUUAAAAAGGAAACGAACUCCAUUAAUUACUUUUUGCAAUAAAGCAACCAGACACUGUAGGCUGUUUGUCUCACUUCUCAAUAAGCCAUGGUGUGAUGGCAGGUACUCCAGUCUUUUGAAGAGUAUUAGAUUGUAUAACCAGUGCAGAAAGCCUAACAGUGAGAAAAGUAAAAUGCUUGAAUCAAAAGCAUAAAAGCAUUUUUUCUUAUUUUAAUCUUUGAUCACCCUGAGGCUCUGCUCACUUUUGGGGACUUUAGAAAGAAUAUUCAGUAGUCCUUGUUCUUCAAAAGUAGAUGUUCUUAGCCUCAAAGACAUUGCUAUCUCAGACUCAUGGUGUGAAGAGGUUUGAUGCAAGAAGCUUCUCAAAAAAAAGCUCCUCUGAUUUAGUGACAUGCUUAAAGAAUAUUUUUCAUGUAGCAGAAUGUAGCCAUCUUGUUAUUAAAUUUCAGUUGAAUUGUGUUAACCAUUAUUAUUAUGCUUUGACGGUAUUUUGGUUGGAUAUUUGUAAAUGUUGAAAUUGACAACUUUUUUUGGUAUAAAAAUUCUCUGCCUUGAGAUUUUUCAUCACAUGUUAGUUUUCAGUGGACUACUUUAUAAGCUAUGGCUUAACAUUACCUACUGUUUAUUGCAUCUGUAUAUUCAAUGUUUAGAAUUAGGAUUGUCCUCAAGGGCAAGGCAGAUCCAGUCUCGACUGCCCUUUCUCUAGAUGGGGAAUAAUACCUUGACCUUUUUCCUUGGGUUGCCAUGAUGAUAAGGCACUGUAUUGCCUCUAUAGUUUUAUAUACUAAAGUCUUCCCAACCUAACCUGUGGUUCAACCAUGAUUAGUAUUAGUAUAAAGGA